GCAAGAGAGGGCUGGGGAGAUCCACCGGCCACCGCUAUCCAUGGAUCUUGUCACGGAGGCCAUGGCCGGCCUGCUCCCAAAGCUGGUCGAGCUCCUCAAGGAGGAGCACAAUCUGCAGGAAGGUGUGAAGAAAGACGUCGGGUCUCUGUCCCAAGAGCUCGACAGCACACACGCCGCCCUACGCACGGUGGCCCAGGAGGUGCCGCCGGACCUGCUCGACGAGCAGGUUAGGCUCUGGGCUAACGAUGUCAGGGAGUUGUCGUACGACAUGGAGGAUGUCGUCGACAGCUUCUUGGUGCACGCCGAGCAGUCCGAGCCUGCCUCUCGCACGGAAACGUUCGAGGAGCUCAUGAAGAAGAUGACCGGCUUGCUCCAGAAAGGCAAGACUCACCACCAGAUCGCCCAUGCGAUCGCAGGCAUCAGCGAUCAAGUCCCGGGUGUGUUUUCUCAUGGUGACGGGUGUGGUCACCAAGGCAACCCAGCUAGCACGGCCAACAUUUCCGACCCUUGCCUGUUGGCUCUAUGCAAAACCCAGAAGGAGAUUGUUGGCAUUGAAGGGGCGCGGGACGAGGUGGUCAAACGGCUGAGAGAUGAGGGCGAUGAAGAUGUGUCUACGAAGCAGCUCAAGACUCUCUCUAUUUUUGGAUUUGGUGGAUUGGGCAAAACAACUCUCGCCAAAGCAGUGUAUGAUUGUCUACGGGUGCAAUUUGACUAUGCGGUCUUUGUUCACGUAAGUCGUAGCUCCAACAUGAAAAAAGUAUUCAAGGAUAUUCUCAUUGAACUUCAAGAGUAUGGAAAUGCAUCAAUGUUGGACGAAAGUCAACUUAUUGACAAAGUUCGAGCACUACUUCAGAAUAAAAGGAUUUGCUUAUUGCAUCUAAGUACAUACCCAAGAAAUUUCAUGAUAGCCAAAGAAACUUUGAUAUGGAAGUGGGUUGCUCAAGGUCUUAUCAAUGAGAAACCAGGGAUGGGGCCAUUUGAGAGUGGAGAGAGAUAUUUCUGCGAGCUGAUAUAUAGGAACAUGAUACAACCAGAAGAGAUCCCCUAUAAAGGAAUCAUACAGGCAUGCCGUGUCAACGACACGGUCCAUGAUAUGAUCUGUUCCUUGGCAAACAAAGAACGCUUCGUCACCAUUGUCGACACUGACAAGGUAUACACACCUCCUCAAAGCAAUGCUAGUAGCCUAGCCAUCCACAACAGUGACCUUGGGCAAGGCCCUCUAGCUGGCAUGGUCACUUCACAAGUGAGGUCACUACAUGCCACGAUGUGCCAUUUUAGCGCGCUGACAUCUCUUUCAAGCUUCCAGUAUCUUCGUGUUCUAGCCAUAGAAGAAUGUAAAUUUAGGAAAGACCACUCUUAUCAUCUCGAGAAUCUUGGGAAGUUGCUCCAGCUGAGAUACCUCGGAUUAGGCAACACGCCUAUCCGCGAGCUCCCUGAAGAGAUAGAGCAUCUAAGGUUCUUGCAACAAUUGAUAUGCGAGGAACUUGUAUAG